AUGCGCACCUCUAUCUACCUCUCCCGUUUCCUUGCUCUCCUCCUCUUCAUCGUCUUCCCCCUCUACUUCGCCAUCCGUAGCUCAGCCUCGUUGUCCGACAUCGCAUUUCUUCUCUCUUCCCUCUCCGAGCGCGCCGAAGCCCUUCACAUCAGGCUCACAUCCCCGCUUGCCGCCCCUCCAGCACCAAUCUUCAAAGAAGUCUUCGAAGCUUCCACCGAGCCCGCCAAACUCGUGCGUGCACCCGAAGGCGGAAGGAAGAGAUACCCUUCCCUUCCCGAUGGACUGGCGCACUGCAUCAACUCCUUCGAGCAGUAUCCGUUCCUCGCUGAUAGUGUGCUCCAACGGAAGCAUGCGCGGUAUUCCAAGCAGACGCCCGCCCAGAAGGCGAUAAGCAACAAGCUCGGCUAUCCUGCACACUUCGAAAAAGCUAGAAAUGGGAUCGAAGUCAACGCCCGGUUCUCGGAAAAGAUCGCGCAGAUUGCAAGAGAGGAUUACAAAACCGGCCCGCGAGCGCUGGAGGACGAUGAAGAUGCGGAGUUUGGAGUUGUGGACCUGGCGUUUGGACAUCUUUCGCGAGACUGGAGCACGCAGGGCGCAACGGAGAGGCAGGUUGUGUUUCCGCCUAUUCUGGGCGGGCUUGAGCAAUAUUUUGGCGGGAAUGGGAGAGGGAAAAAGGUUCUUGUACCCGGAAGCGGUAUGGGCAGGCUAGCAAGCGAUCUCGCUGAUCUAGGUGCGUCCUACUUCAUUGAGUUGAAGGCGUGGUCUCACAUCAGUGCAGGAUACGACGUCACGGCCAAUGAGCUGGACUACGGCUCCAUCCUGGCUUACCAUCUGCUAACGAACCACACGAGCUCGCUGCACCAGCACACCCUGCAGCCCUUCGUGACCAAAUGGACGCAUCAAGCCAACCCCUCCUCGCGUUACUCCGCCCUAACAGUGCCGGACCACUGGCCAAACAAGGCCGUCAAGCUCGUCGAGGGCGACUUCUUGGAGAUGUUCCCCGAGGACGGUGAGUUCGACGCCGUCGUCACGCUCUUCUUCAUCGACAUUUCCAACAACGUGAUUGACUUCCUGAGGAACAUACACCGGCUGCUAAAGCCCGGUGGGGUGUGGAUCAACCUUGGGCCGCUGAAAUGGGGCACCCAUACCGCUCUCCAGCUCUCCGCGGAGGAAGUGCUCCAGCUGGCAGAUCUGCUCGGGUUCGAUGUUGAUCAUACGUCAAGGAAGAGCAUCGACAGCCUGUAUGCCGAGCAGCCGGAGACGUUGCUAAAGUUCACUUAUGGUGAGUGCCUGCCGUUUUCUUGUGAGGAUGGUUGCUGA